GUCACGUGCUAGAGGCAAGCUCCGUCCAAAAGAAAAUGGGGUUUGGUGUAAAUCUGGGGGUGUAAUGUUACCAUAUAUCACGCUACCUCGUAAAACCGACACGGGAGCCUGCCGGACAACAAAUCACAGGUCAAAAUUAUGAGUUCUUCGUAUUAUGUGAAUGCGCUUUUUAGCAAAUAUACGGCUGGGGCUUCUCUGUUCCAAAAUGCAGAGCCGACUUCUUGCUCCUUUGCUACCAACUCUCAGAGAAGCGGCUACGGACCGGGCGCGGGCGCCUUCGCUUCCUCCGUGCCCGGCGUGUACAAUGUGAACAGUGCCAUUUAUCCGGGCCCCUUCUCGUCCGGAUACGGCCUGGGCUCAGACGCCUACAACCUGCACUGCUCGUCCUUUGAUCAGAAUAUCCCCGUCCUCUGCAAUGACCUAACCAAAGGCAGCUGUGAGAAAGCCGAGACGAGCGCCCUGCACAGCCAGGCAGAGACCAAUUUCCGGAUAUACCCUUGGAUGAGGUCUUCAGGUCCGGAUCGCAAGAGGGGCAGGCAGACCUACACCCGCUAUCAGACCCUGGAGCUAGAGAAGGAGUUUCAUUUCAACCGCUAUCUGACCCGGCGGCGGCGCAUCGAGAUCGCUCACGCCUUGUGCCUCACGGAGAGGCAGAUCAAAAUCUGGUUCCAGAACCGGAGGAUGAAGUGGAAAAAGGAGCACAAAGACGCGGGAUCUGCAGCCCCGGUCGCCACGGAGAGCGCCUCGACCACCCCCUCGGCGGGGAAAGUGGAGGAGGAAGAAGAGGAGGAGGAGGAGGAGGAAGAGGAGGAGGAGGAAUGAGGCUGGAGCUGAAGGGAGGAAGCCCGAGCCGCCCAGCCGAGCUGUGGAGUCUGAUGGAUGCACGUGACAGUCGGAAAAGCGUCUUUAUGAGACUUACCAGUUUUAUUUAAAAAAAAAAAGAAAAAAGAAAAAAAAACUUCUCCCCACAAUUAGUUACCCCCCUGCCCCCAAGCCUUCCGCCCUCCUAGCUCAGCUCCCAAGGCUGGCUGUGCUGAGGUACUCCAGGAAGGCGAGGUGUCUAGUUUGUGUCUUCCUCUCCCCUCCC